CCUCCCUUACCGUGACAGUGACAGCUGAUAUGUAUUAUUUUUUAGGUUAAGGAUCUUAUGUAAAUAUAAUUAAAAUUAAUUCAAAAUGCGUAUUGCUACUUGUUUCGUAAAUAACGUAUUUUUGAAUAAUUCUACAUGGACCGUGAUCAGGAAUUCUAUCCGCAAUACAUGGCUAACCAGGACUUGUUCCUCGAAAGCCAGCUACGACCAAGAUCGCUCACAAAAAUUUGAAACCGUUUUUUCAUUUCCUUUUGUUCGACACAUAGCUACAUUGAAUCGGAUGAAAUUGUAUCAUAUAAUGGGCACUUCUUUAGCCGUACCAGGCUGUGGCUUAUUAGAGACACUUAGUGUUCUUCCUGAAUAUUCUUUUGUUGCAGCUUCAUACAUAGGUGUUACUGGUGCAAUCCUGUUUUCCUUGGCUAGUUUACCACUAAAUAAUGCAAUUGGAUUUCUCUACAUCAGUGAAGAUAAUAAACAAAUAAAAAUAUCAUCAGUAGAUUUCUGGGGCCGAAGACGAGAUCGAAUUGUGUCUGCAAAUGAAUGGACACCACUUCUUGACAUGAAACCCAAAACAAUGGAUGCAAUUUAUCUGUCACCUGAACUAACUGAUGGUACAAAGUAUAAGCUGUUUAUUAAAUUUGGAAAAGUCCUUAAUUCAAUAAAAAUGGGACAAGUUAUAGAAUAAGCUUAGAUUAAACCAUGGUAGUAAUAAAAAAAUUUUUUGUAAAAUACUAAUUUAUUUCAUUAAUUAUCUAUUCAAUUCAAUCUAUACCAUACAUAAUACAAUAGUCAUGAGACCCAAAACAAAUACAUUUGAAAUAUUGUUUAAGUAGAUUAGUGAAGUAUUAUUGCAGUUAAUAAUUGAAGUGUUUUGCUGCCAUAAAUUAAUGCUUAGAAAUGAAUUACAUACCCUCACUCAUUUUCAUUAUUAUUAUCGGUCUGUAUAUACAAAUUUAUAAAAUUACCUACAUAUUGUAUGCCCUAAGUCUAAAACCAGUAUUUCAUUAGCCAAAGAAACUAAUUUCAAGCAAUUCACACACACAGAUACAACUUUUUACAUCCAUAUUAAGGUAUUAACCAGGUUCUCAAAGGAGAAGAAGAAGAAGAAGGUUCUCAAAGAAGCCGAGUCUGUACUACUGUUCUGUAAGUUCAUGAUCAAGCUAACUGUUAACAACUGACCCUCUAGCACAACUUGCCUUGUCGCGCGCGAGUCCAUACAUCAAGCGCGACUUCAAGAAUGGACUCGCGCGCGACAAGGCAAGGUGUGCUAGAGGGGUCUGAUGGUGAUUCAAAACUUUAAUAUUAUAAAAUGAUUUACUAUAUAAAAGUACAUACACAAGACAGCAUAGAUAAUAAAUAUUUACAUGCCAUUUGCUUUGAUAAAAGAUAUAAUAAAGUGGAGAACCUGGAGUGCAAACAAAUGGUUACAGAACCAUACUAAAUGUUAUUGAAAACAUGUCUGUGAACUUCAUGGUAAAGAUUACAUAUUUAAGUUAAGAAUUUUUACUACUUGAACUAACAUAAUUAGAAUUAUCCCAUUCUGAAGAACAUUUUCCAUUUUGUAUGAUAGAUAUUUCAUGACUAAUAAUGUUUUCUAUAUAAAAUGGAAAAUGAUUCAAAGAACAGCACAACAUAAUUAUUAAUAUACUAUAGAUCUUUCCGCUCACAUAGAAAGAUAAUCAAUGAAAUGCAAAUUUGCCCAUAGCAAGGACAACUCAAAUAUAUGGCUAUGAAAGGUAAGCCAGUCAUUGAAAAUCAAUGACAUAAUAUAAAUUGGUGACUAAAAAGUGAUCCACUCAGACUGCAAAAUUGUUACAAACGUGUAUGGCUACUAACAGACGUGAAGGAGUAAGUUUGCAAGUGAGAUACUGUAAACAAUUAAGUGGGUGGGUCACAAGCGGGAUCAACCAAUGUAUAGGUCUUAUUACAUUUACUGUCAGCAAUGUUGAAUGUGCAUGUUCUUAUGAUGUCAUUUAGAGUCAGAUUUCUAGGUAAAGCAAUUUCUCUCUUUAGCUCUGUCUUAAUUUGAGGCUGCAUCAAUCGGGUUUUAUAGACAACUGCCAGAAGUAUAUGUGUGGCUGUUUACCCUCUAUAAAUAAUCUAGUUCUUGCAAACUGCACAUACUCAGACAGAUAAUAAGUUUGACUCUCAGCCCGGACUGUACUGAUCUGAAUGUCUUAGUCUAGCCAGGCCUGUGCAGGCUGGUCGGUGGUGAAGGGAC